AGCAGAGACACGGCGAGUGAUGGCUAUCCACUCACAUCAGCCUCCAUCAUAGCGUGCUUGGUCUGCUCGUACACCUACUCCUUAGGCAGAGAUGGAGAAGAGGCGUUCUUUGCGUUCGCGUCAUCAACGCUUCGAGAAAAGGUCUGGGAAGCAAGUGAGAAGACAAGGGCCAUCCCCGGUCUCAGUACGCACCGGCUAACUCCGACCCGAGAACAAAGAGACCCCCUGACGACCUUGUCCUUCCUCCCACUCCUUCUCGCGUCUGUCAUCCCGUUGCUGCGCCGCACAAUCCGCCAUGGCCCAACAAGCACUCAUAGGACCCAUAGCGAUAGAUAUGGACCCAUAUUGAAUACAUUUACGUACUCGCUCGGUGAGAACAAGGCGUCUUCGUACAGCGUAUAUAUGGCUGCUUCAAAGCUCGAGACGCCCUAACGCUUCGCCUCUCGCACUCCAUCAUGCCUACGCCAACGUCCACGUCGAUACCAGCACCCAUGUCAAUGCCAACACCAUCACCAACGCCAUCGCCAUCCCCGAGGCCAUCUCCACGGCCAAAUCCCAUGGCGAUUUCGAGCCUCAUCACGGUACCCACACCUACACCUAUGCCAUCGCCUUCGUCUACGCAUACUCUUGCACCUCCACCCAUACGUUCACCAGUGCCUACACCUACACCCGCACCCGCGCGUAUACCUGGACCUGGACCUACAUGGUUACCUGCGCCCAUGCUCACGCCUGCACCAUCGUCGGCCUCAUCCACGUCGGGAUUUAGAUUUGAAUUCUCUCCUCCCCCGCCAUCUGCGUCUUAUCCAUUCAUGCCCGUGUCGACCUUUACGCCUACAUCGUCAUCCAAGCUCGCAUCUACGUCCACACCCUCUUCUACGUCCUCACCCGCGUCGACAUCCAAGCCCUCGUCGAUCCCCGCGCCCAAGCCCGCGCACACACUCACACCCAUGCCCGCCCCUACAUCGUUGCCAACGUCCACACCUACGUCCACACCCACACUUACAAUCACAUCCGCGCCUACAUCCACACCCACAUCCACAUUCAUGCCCGUGUUAACAUCUAAUCCCGCGCCCAUAUUCAUGCACAUAUUUACGUCCACACCCACGCCUACAUCCACGCCCGCGCCUACGUCGAUGCCAACACCCAUAUCCAUGCCCGUACCUGUCCCUGCAUCCCCCGCUCUGCCUAUCCGCGCACCAACCCCCGACCCAGCGCCCACCCCUGCGUCCCAUCCCCGCCCCUCUAGCCCGCAAUACGGUUUCACGAACCCCACAGCCACAGCCACCACUGCGUCCCAACCUCGCCCCUCCAACCCACAACACGGUUUCAAAGUCGCCCCCACCGCCGACCCCGAACCCGACACCGCCUCCCCACCCACAUACAUCUCCGGCCCCAUCUGCGCACAGUGCGGACAGCCAGCGCACGCGGCGCACUACGCAAACCAGCACACGGCGAACGACAACCCGCACGAGAUACACGCGAAACCGGGGCAGAAACCGCACGUGUACGUCGGGCAGCCGACGCGGCUCUGCGACGAGAGCAAUCCGCUUAAUGCGAACGAGUACCUACCGCUCCCGGCCGGGUGGCUCAAGCUCACGCACCUCGGCGGCGCUGUGUAUUUCUUCAACCCGCACACGCGCGUCGUCACGCCCGCGGAUGUGCGCGAGGCGCUCGUCGAGCGGCGCGUGGCGGAGGAGUACACGCGGCUGUGCGCGGAGGUGGGCGAUGCGAAGGUCGCGCGGGAGCUUAGGCGGGAUUUGGUGAUGGUGAUUGAGCUGCCGGGUGUUGAUGCCGGUGGGGGCGAGAAGGGGAAAGGGAAGGAGAAGGAGGUGGAGGUGGAGGCAUAUUAUGUGUGCAUCGACAGGAUGGCGGUGUUCAAGCUCAAGGGCGAUCAAGUCGAGUACGGAUCUAAAGAGAGGCUGUGGGCGCACAUCGAGCGAUACCCGAUGCACUGGCUCAACUUCCCCGUCGCGCUCGAGGUCGAGUUCCUCAACGCGCUCACGUUCGGCGCGAGCGAACGCUUCCGCGACGCGCGCAAUACGCCCUUUCCCUUCUCAGGCGAGACAUGCGAGCGCCUCAUGCGGAUAUACCAAGACUCCCGACUCCGCCACGAAGAAGACGCACACACGCUCACGCCCCUCCUCAUCUGGGAAAUCGCGCGCGCAAUGCGCAUCGUCGAAGCCUCCCGCGGGCGCUACGGCUACGGCACGCCAUCGAACCGGCUCUACCGCAACCUCGCCGCCCCGCCGCCCGCGUGGUGGGAGGGCGCGCUGCUCGGUGCGCCGCUGCUCGGUGCGCACCACAUGUACAAGCGGCGGCUGCAGGAGAGCCGCGUCAAGGGAGAGGUGUACGCGCCUGUGUUCCAGCGCGCUGUACAGGGGUUUCUGGACGAGUGGGCAGACUCGAAUCUGCUCGCGACGGUGUUUGCGGGUGCGAGCGUCGCGUUUUUGGCUGUGCCCAACGUCACCCCGCUGCAACAGACCGCCUCGCUCGCGUCGACCAUCUUCGCAGUGACGUCCAUCGUCACGGGCCUGCACCACGUCUGGCGGCACCGCCCCAAGACCUCCGCGGACCGAGCCGAAGCGGCGCGCUACCUCAACCGCGCAGGCGCAGCCACUCACGCGGCACACGACGCUGAUCUGGCGGUCACAGCCGCGUUCCUCGCGGUGCCGCUCGCCGCGCUGCUGUGGAGCGUGCUCGCGUUCACAGUCGCCAUCGCCGCUUUCUGCGUGCAGGGUCCGUCUGCCGGCUCCGACUCCAGCUCCGGCGGCGGCGGCGGCGGAAGUGGCGGGCUAGACCUCGGCGGCGGCCCCGGCGGCCCCGGCAAAAUCGGCACAAUCCUCCUCCUCGCGCUGCUCGGCGUCCUCACGCUCGGCGCGCUCCUCGUGCUCGCGUUCUUCGCACACGUAUGGCGCGCGCCGCGCGACGAGGAGAUCGAGGACGGGUUCGAUCUCAUCGCGGGGAUGGCGUACCAGCACGAUCACCGUGCGCCUGUGGGAUGGCGGGACAGCACGCGGGACUGGGUGCUGCACGCGCCGGGGGCGCUGCGGAGGCGCUUGAGGAAGGUCAAGGGGGCAAUGGAGCGUAGCGUGCUGCUGAGGUUGCACCGCCAUCGGAUGAGGAAGGCGAGAGCGCGAACGCUGGUACCUGAGAUGGCGGUACCGCCGCCGCGGGAGGACGGGGCGGUGGCGCAGGCUGCUGGGAUGGCGGCUGCUGCUGCGCAUGCGCCGUUGAGUGGGACGCGGAGUGCGGUUCCGCCGCGCGGGACAGUGGCGGGGGCGAUACAGUUGGCGAAUAUGACGGUGGCUGCGCCGUUGCGCUCGCAUACGUUGUUGAAGAAAUGAAUUUAUUCUUGUGAUAUACACACUGUAGUAGACAUACACACCUUUGAUAGGCUUUUAAAU